UCUGCGCGUCAAAGUUUUCUAGGGUUUCUUUCCUGGUUCUCCUGUUCUCGUCUCGAUUCGCCGUCAUGCCUCGCCGUAGCUCCGCUGGUCGCUCUCGUCCUGCUCCACGCCCAGCUCCAAUGAGGAAUCCUCCACAACCUGUUCAUCAGGCACCUCCGCCAGCUCCUGUUCAGAGUGGUGGGUCCAUCCUCGGAGGAAUUGGAUCCACCAUCGCUCAAGGCAUGGCAUUUGGCACGGGCAGUGCUAUUGCUCACAGGGCUGUAGAUGCUGUUGUGGGGCCUCGCACCAUCCAGCACGAAACUGUGGUAUCUGAAGCUGCUGCUUCUGCCGCCCCAAUGGGUAAUGCCGUUGCAACUGACGCUUGUGGUGUCCACUCCAAAGCUUUCCAGGAUUGCAUUAACAAUUUUGGCAGCGACAUCGGCAAGUGCCAGUUCUAUCUGGAUAUGCUGAAUGAAUGCCGCCAGGGUUCUGGUGCUUCGUUCAAUGCCUGAUCUAUCAAUUUUCUGAAUUAUCUGACUGCCCAUGCAGAUGGUUUACAACAAAUAGCAUCCUGCUCCUGCAAGAUACUAUUAAUAAAUGUUGGCUUGUUAUUCUAAACUUUGGUCCAUUCAUCAUUAUCUGGUAGAAUUCGAGUAACUUUGCCAAUUUGAUAUUAAAUUUUUAAUUAAAAAAUUUGCUUUUUUUCCGCCACGCAAAAAAUGGACCUUAAGAUUUACUGGUUCCUAGUGCGCGAUUAGUAAGUUGACUUGCUUACUGAA